AUGGCCCCAAGGCUGCUGGCUGUUGCAUACGACGCUGGUCACCACACUGUGGUCUCUCCUGCAGCGUUUCGGAUUGCAACGCCGAUCCUGGAUGGGAGUUCAGGUGGGCCGACUUCAGGACUCAUCCCUACAUUUGCUGCCCGAAGGUCACGCGCCGUUCAGAGUACCUGGGAGGGCAGAAGAUCUGCCCCGAAGGCUGGAAGGUGGAAGAGCACGGUCAUGGCCACUGCUGCCGAAAGCCCUGGACAUGGGAUUGUGGCGAACACUGUGCACACGAGCAGUGCAAAGACAACAUUGCUCUGGCCUGGCAUCCUGUUGAUGACAAGACGGAGGAGUACAAGUGUUGUCCAGAGAUGCCGACAGGGAUCAAAGUUGAUGGAAGCUUUGAGAAGGUCGAAGAGGUCGUAA